AUGCCUGCCCUCCCCCCAUACGCCUACACCGGCCCCGUCGACUGCACUAUCGCGCCAAACCCCGGCCAGCUCAAGGGUAAAAGCGUCAUUGUGACCGGAGGGGCCAAUGGCAUGGGUGAAACGACCGUCCGCAAGUUCGCGGAGGCUGGGGCUUUUGUGACAAUUGCAGAUUUGAACGUUGAGCGUGGCGAGCAAGUUGCCAAAGAACUCGGGCCGAACGCCCAGUUCGUGCAAUGUAACAUUGUUAACUGGGACGACCAAGUGCGUGUCUUUGAAGCUGCAGUCGCAAAUUCACCAAGCAAGAGCUGCGAUAUUGUCAUUGCCAAUGCGGGGAUCAAUAUCAAUGCUGCACCUGUAAAACCAAAGCUGAGUAUCGUCGACGUCAACCUCACCGGAACGCUCUACACAUGGAAACUGGCCAUCCACUACUUCCGCAGACAGCCCGAUACCGAGGACCGGGAUAGGUGCUUUAUCAUCACCGGGAGUAUGGUGGCUUGGAUCGAUUCGCCGGCCAACUGGCAGUACACCUGCACGAAAUACGCCCUUCGGGGACUUAUGAGAGUUGCGAGACGAAGUUCGUGGGAGCAGGGGAUCAGGAUUAACUAUGUAGCGCCUUGCUACAUCAAAUCCGCCAUUCGUUCUCCAACAUACGAGGCCGAGCUCGUUGCCAAGGGCGUUGAAUUCGCGCCACAAGAGGCAGUCGCACGUUGUUUCAUGAGGAUUGCAACGGACAGGACUAUCAACGGACACUCGUUAAUGAUCACUCCUCCCUCAGUAGCAAAAGAGGGCUUCAAGGACGUGGAUAUGGACGACUAUGACAAUAAAGAAGCUGAUGAGUAUGAGUACUUCAAGCGUACACAGGAGAUGCAAUUGAGAAUCAUUGAGGAUCGGUGGGUUGAGGGGUGGAGUAAAGCGCGGACGGCCGAGGGGGGUUUGAAGUAG